AUGGAGCCGCAGCGCCGUCAAGCUGCGGUGACUCAAAAGCAAGCGCAGAACGAGCGGCUGGAGAACUUGAUAGUGUCUUCGACCAUCUCAGCGUUUCACAAAGACGCGUUGCUGAUGCCACUGCCUGGAGACUUGACAAGCAUCAAGAAUCAUAUUGUUGUGACAUUGAAGAGAAACAACGGUUGUCCAGAGGAUAUUCUAGGGCAAGAUUCGGCAUCAGCACGAGUUGGAGUUGGACUAGAAAUUCAAAUGAUUGCCCUGGGAUCGGCAGCAAACUGUGGGAGAAUCUUUCCAGGGAUGCAACUUGUUGCAGUCAAUGACAUCAGACUAGUGGAUAAGAAACUACACAGCUACUUCACAGACGCGGAGAAGUCCAUCAAACAUGGCUUGCAGCUUACCAAUCAGAGUCUGACUCAACUGAUUGAGGUACAGAACUACAACAAUGCAAGAUUCAGUCAGCGAGGAUACGAUGCAAUGGUCAACGGCCAGUUUCCUACGGUGAAAGCAGCUCCGGCCGGCGCUGAGUUUCUGCGGCGAAUGCUCAGCAGCAGCACGCUGUCCAAGUCCGUAAGCAUUCAGCCGACGACGUCGACAGAAAGAGCAGGAGCAGGAGCAGGAGCAGGAGCAGGGGCAGGAUCAGAAGCAGGGGCAGGGGCAGGGGCAGGGGCAGGGGCAGGAGCAGAAGCAGGGGCAGGGGCAGGGGCAGGGGCAGGGGCAGGGGCAGGGGCAGGGGCAGGUGCAGGUGCAGGUGCAGGUAAAGGAGCAGAAGCAGGAGCAGGAGCAGGCGCAGGCGCAGGCGCAGGCGCAGGAGCAGGAGCAGGAGCAGGAGCAGGAGCAGGAGCAGGAGCAGGAGCAGGAGCAGGAGCAGGAGCAGGAGGAUUCUACCGGCUGUUUGGGAGCAGCAAUCUCUUCAAGUCAGUGAGCGUGAAGCCAUCGGUAUCAACGGUUGGGGGACGAGGAGCAGGAGCAGGAGCAGGAGCAGGAGCAGGAGCAGCAGAAGCAGCAGAAGCAGGUGCAGGAGCAGGAGCAGGAGCAGGAGCAGGAGCAGGAGCAGGAGCAGGAGACAACCAACAAACCAGUCUGACAGUGCCGCGCGAGCCCGCGAGUUCUCAGCAAGCAGGAGGGCAGCAGAUGGUUGGAAGAGAACCAGAGAAUGCAGGGAAUGUGCAUGCGGAAGUUGGAGAGCUGCUAGAAGAUGAAGAAAGUAUUCCUCAUGAUCCUUUCGAUGUUGAGAAAGAGCAGCAGGGGGCUCCUCUAUCAUCAGAUUUAUCAAACUGGCCGAUCAAAGCGUGCAGUCAAGGAGUUUCUCUGCAAACAGUCCUGAUGAAAACGGACGACAAGACCUCUACGGUCGCUGUGACCCAGACAGGACGCUAUGAAGAGGUUGUUGUCCUCAAAGUCUUGCAAGCAUCAGUCGAGGAACCGAGGGAGGGAGGAGGAUGGUCGGGUUUGGACUUGGAACUCGUACGCGUACGGCUUGUAAGCAUGGAAGGAGGCGGAGAGGGGAAUGGCGAUAAGGAAGAGCUUGAGAAAAGUGAGGGGAGGAAAGUUGAUUCUUUUAUACAAGAAUAUGAAGUGAUGCAACCAGAAGUUGUAGCCCUGGUCGUGAAAGGUACACUUCAAGCUCUCGAAGCGAUUCAUGCGAUGAAUUUCAUUCAUCGCGACAUUCAACCCAGACACAUCAUGUAUGAUCGAAGAACAAAGAGCGUCAAGUUGAUCGAUGCUGGACAAGCGAUCAAGAUAGGAAGCAGGAACAUUGACAGCAACCUUCUCGAGGCCAACGCUUUCUUCCUCGCGCCAGAGCAGAUCCGGGAGGAUCUCUUUCUCUCUUCCUCCUGCGACAUCUGGUCAGUCGCAGUCCUCAUGUUCUACUGCUCUACAGGUCAAUUUCCCUUUGGAAAACAAGGAGACUCCAUCAAGGAAAUCUCCGACAAGAUUCUCACUCAGCCGCACCGAGAUAUCGUUGCUGCCAGUCAAGGAAGAAUUUCUCUCAAGUUCAAGAAGUUUUGCGACGAAAUUCUCAUCAAGGACGUCGAAAGGAGGAUAGCUUCGGCGCAAGAAGCAAUUCAACUUCUGAUCUAA